AUGGCGUAUUAUCUGGAUAGUGAGGACUUUUUCAAACAGUCACUACAUGUGGAGAAAGCAAAGGUGUUCACACUUGCUUCUCUUGAAGCCCCUGUUAUGUCAGCAAUUGAGAGAAGGUCCUUUGAGAUAAAGGAAAGCAGUUUUAGUGACAUGCAUGUUCUUGAUCCAGACAUGCUGAAUGACUUCCAUCCAUUGACAGCAUACAAAGUUCUGCUUUCUAUAGCGAGCAUGUUGCUGCGGGUUCACAUUUCCCCUACCAACAUCCGGAGGUUAGAGCUGCCUGAAAGGCCUGCAUCUGUGGACCAUUUGAAGUCUUUCCUUAGCGAGACAUUACAGCUGAAAUCUAGAUUCUCACUACAAUUUGAAGACCCGGACUUUAACAAUGAACUUUGUAACUUGAAUGACAUCAAAGAAUUGCCAGCAGCAAAGGCAACCUUAAAGGUUCUGUGGGAAGCAUCUCCUCUAUUGGACUCAACAGAUGCAAAUUCAGUGUCCUCGCUUGAUACAGCAAGCAUGACAAGUUGUCAAUAUAAUAUCGAAAGCCCUGAAUCAUCUGUGUCAAGGAAUCUUAGAAGUGUUGAACAGUGGCCCUCUACGUUUAACAUACCUGCCUUUUCUCUGGAUGUGGAGCUCAGGCUGCGUAAAGCCAAUGAGAUAUACCAGCAGACAAAGAAGCCUCUGAAUGUCCCAAGGGACAUGAAGUGUGAGAUUCUGGACAAGAUUGUGCAGGCAAUUUUUGAAAUUAAAGCCUACCCCGAUGCCUAUGAGAUCCAGUCAGUUGCCUCUGCUCUAGUACAAAAACAUCCUUGCCUUGCAGAACCUGGCAAACCCACAGGUUGGGAUGCAUGGGUUAUGAGUAUCAAGUUUAAGCUUGGCAAUUAUCGAGCUAAAUUGAGAGAGGCUGGUUGUUCAGAAGUUAGUGUUAACACUAAAAGAAAAUCACAUGAGGGUGUGACAGCCACCAUAAAAAAGCCUAAAAGAGCAGAGGUGAACUUUUUACCGGACCAUCCUGAGGGCCAGACAGAUGAUUCACUUGAGGAGGUGAGACUUAUCAUGGUCGAUGAAAUGAAAAAAAAAAGGAUUGAUUCAGCACUCAUUCAACAGAAGAUGCAAGAAACAUUUUCUCUUCGCCGCAAAGAAGUUGUAGAGAUUCAGCCACUAGUUGAGGAGAUCAGAGAGAGAUGGCCUGCUCUUUUUCUAAAGGAUGAGAUCUGCAUGGAGUUUUUUCGUAUCAGUAAUGUUGACCUCCUGGGGAAGUUCAACAUGUCCCUUGAAAAAUACACAACACCUCUCCUGAAACUGUACAGAAAGAGAACAGAUGCAUUUGGAGAAGAAAUGAAGACUCUUUUGGACAAGCUGGAUGAACAG